GAGAUGCUGCUGUCCCUGGUGCUCCACCUGUACGCCAUGCGCUGCGUGCUGCCCGCCGCCGUGCUGCUGGGCUCCGCGCCCACCUACGUGCUGGCCUGGGGCGCCUGGCGGCUGCUGUCGGCGCUGCUGCCCGCGCGCCUCUACCAGGCGGUGGACGACCGGCUCUACUGCGUCUACCAGAGCGUCGUGCUCUUCUUCUUCGAGCACUACACCGGGGUGCAGAUAUUGCUAUAUGGAGAUUUGCCAAAAAAUAAAGAAAAUGUAAUAUAUUUAUCAAAUCAUCAAAGCACAGUGGACUGGAUCGUCGCGGACAUCCUGGCGGCGCGGCAGGGCGCCCUUGGCCACGUGCGCUACGUGCUGAAGGACGGGCUCAAGUGGCUCCCACUCUACGGCUGCUACUUCUCGCAGCACGGCGGGAUCUACGUGAAGCGCAGCGCCAGGUUCAACGAGGAGGAGAUGCGGGCCAAGCUGCGGAGCUACGCGGACAACGGCACCCCGAUGUUUCUUGUGAUUUUCCCGGAGGGAACACGAUUUAACCCAGAACUAACAAAAGUCCUCGCAGCUAGUCAAGCAUUUGCUGCUCAAGAAGGCCUCGCAGUAUUAAGACACGUGCUCACGCCGAGGAUAAAGGCGACACACAUUGCUUUUGAUUCGAUGAAAAAUUAUUUAGAUGCAAUUUAUGACGUGACCGUGGCUUUUGAAGGGACAAUGGACGAGAAAGGCCAGCGGAAAGAGGCACCAUCCAUGGCUGAAUUUCUCUGCAAGGAGUGUCCGAAAAUCCACAUCCACAUCGACCGCAUCGACAGAAGCGACGUCCCGGAGGAGCGCGUGUUCAUGAGGAGGUGGCUGCACGAGCGCUUCGAGAUCAAAGACAAGUUACUUAUAGAAUUCUAUGAUUCAGUGGAUCCAGAAAGAAGAAACAGAUUUCCUGGGGAAAGUGUUAAUUCUAAAUUAAGUCUCAGGAAGACUGUGCCGUCGUUGCUGAUCUUGAGUGGCUUGACUGCUGGCAUGCUCAUGACCGAGUCCGGGAGGAAACUGUACCUCAGAACCUGGGUCUUCGGAACCUUGAUCGGCUGCUUGUGGGUUAGUAUUAAGCCUUAGCAGGCCUCCGGCCCGGCCCGGGUGUGCGCUGCGCUUGGGGCCGGAGCUGCGCGUGACAUCACGGUGGGUCCUGAGCUGACGAAGAAGUGUAAAUAAAGUCUUGUUGAUUGACCUUUGGAUAAAACAGAAUUUCUGACGGAAGCCGACAGGCAGUUGGUCUUGUGCAGACACCCAGGGUUUGGCACCUCUGGCCCCGCAGCUGCUCCAGGUGAGAGCUGAGUGGGGUCUGCGCUGCCCGUGGCGUGUCCGCGACCCGGCGCUGACCCCGACGCCGCUGGGCUGGACGCACCUCUGCCCUGCAGCUCGACGGCCGCGUUGUGAGCCUGCGUCUGCCGUGUGUUGCGCCAGAUUUGUUCUUUUCUGAUUUUUACCCUUGAUUGGUCCAGACUCUCAUCGCUAAGUAUUUAGCACCUUGCAGCCAUGUCACUGUUUGCUUUUUGCUUAAUUCCUCCAAAUCCGCGAAGGCGGGCGGCGGCAGGCAGGCCGGGGCACCUUCCGCGUCGUGCUAUUAGCUGGCUUCCUUUUGUAGCUGCACAAUAACUAGCGUUUCUAAUAUUUAUUGGUACUGUUCCGUCUGUGCACCCUGUCCUCUGUUGUGCAAAAGGAAGACGUGUAACCGCCGGGGAUGCGGUCAAGCCGCCGUCCGGACGCUUCACGGCGGUGGGGCUGUCAGUCCCGGCCUGCGAGGGCUCCGCGGCGCCCCGUCCUUCACAACACUAGUGCCAUACGUACUCGAGACCGCCAGGUUUCCUGUGUUUUUAUACCCGCGCGAGCAGCGCGCCCCUGUGUGGGGCCGGCGCCCGCGGGUCCUGGAGGAGGCGGCGCGGCGGGGGAUGGGCCGGCGGCU